AGUUGCCAGCUUGGUUGCAAACACCCUACUUAAUUGAGCCGCAGACAUUUAUUUACUUUUGUUUUCCCUAUAAAUGUUUAUUUUAACCGUCUUAAACUAUUGAUACUGAGGAAUAUAAUCAAAAGUCAAUGAACUAGUAAGUGGCGUGUCAUCCUUAAAGUGAAGUUCUAAAUAGAUAAAAAUUUGAAGAGGCAUUUACAGUGAUGUUCCGGUUAUGAAACACGAGUUUCAAGUAGUCCACAAAUAAAACUAUUGAAGUUAACACCAAAACAGAAUCACAAAGAUGUCAUCUCUGCGGCUUAGCCAACAACAGCGCGACCACUUGAGCCUGCUCCAAAGACCCGCCAGCGAUGUGGUGGAGCUGUGCAAAUCCGCCUUCGAUUACCUGAUAAAUGGACCCAAUCCCGGCCGCUACGAGGCGCUGGCCAAGAAGUUCUCGGAUUCGCAGAGUCCGGAGGCCGUCCAGCAAGCAGUGGAAGCGCUGAUAUCCCUGUUGAUCAGCGUGACCACAAGAGUUGGAAGUAGUAGCGUCAACAUGCAAGCCAUCCUGCGCCAGACCUUCCCCGAUCUCGGCGAGGAUGUGCUGGAUGUCCUCGAACAGUUUGUCACCAGCAAGCGAAACUUUGUGGAGGGCUCCAUCAAGUCGGCCAACAUACGUGCCUACCGGCUGGUAAACCUGGACUGGCGACUGGAGGUGCGCACAGCUUCGAGGAGUCUGCUGAAGAAGUGCCAGGUGGUGGUGACCAUGAAGUUAUAUUUGCACACCGAGCCGAAGAACGAGAACCGCGAACUGCUGGCGGUGGAUCUGUCCGGACGCAGUGAAGAGGAGCUGAAGGCCAUGCAAGAGGACGAGCGGCUACAUCGCAAGGAUAUGAUAGUACAGACCGAUGUCAGCAGCCUGGUGCACAUGAUCAAAACGCUGGAGGACGCCCUGGCCGAGUCCAAGACGCGGCGCAUCCGCAACAUAGUCGAUGGCAUACACUGAGAUACGAUUCCAGUACUCAUACACUUGUUAAAGCUAAUUUAAUCAGGACCAAUUUAUUACAACUAAAUCUAACUAGAAAA